AUGGAUGCUUAUCCAAAUGACUACAUUGUGCAUAAUCUGCCAUUAGUACUGCUGUCCGGCAUCGCGCACGAGGAGGACGAGUCAAAUAGCAACUCUAAAUACCCAUCUCUUCAUGAAAGAGGUACAACAAUUGAGUCGGAUUUCCCGCUGUUAACGGGACCACUUGUGGAUAACUUGCGCGCCGCCUUUAUUGACCAUGAUGCUUCCGAUGCUCCAUGGAGACCGUCAAAUGAUGCUGGCAGGUCAAAUGGAAUUCCGUUGAGGAUAAAGACUAUCAAGAGGUCUUAUCGCCUACCCCCGCAAAAAGCAGAAUUUCCCUCCGAUGUGGACUUUUCCUCCUCCUCCGUCGUGCCAGUCGUACAUUCUCCAAUUUCUCCCUUGACACCAGGCUCACCAACCUUUCCCGAUGGUAUUCUUACAUCCUUGUGGAUGCUCAAGCAUCAGGACCUGGUACCAGCUGCCACAAUCAACGUUUUCCCGUUAACCUCCGACCCCAGCAUGACUACGCUGAGGGAUAAUCAACUAAAGAUUGAAUUGAGAGACUUGAAGGAAUCCUGGAACGCGUCUGGCUAUCGCUCUCGCUUCGUUGUGAUCCUUGUGGCAGAAGAUGGCAUCUCCACACAGGAAGUUGAAGAUCGACUUGCAAACAUUCGCAGGGCUACAAAUCUGGACCCUAGGUCCUUACAUGUCCUAAACUCCGAUCUGUCACCUGUAGAGGUAAAGGAUUUUGUGCGGUCAUUCUUGUUGUCUAUUCAAGCUUUCCUUGUGGAUUACUAUCGAGACUUAUCGAAGCAUGCACGGCGAAAACGUAACAGGGGGACUAUACCUCCGCCAACAAUUCCGCCCACACAAGGGACCUCACAAACUUUAUCAAUGCAAGGCUGGAAUGUUCGUUACGAAUUCAAGCUCGGGGUGUUUGCUGAGUUCCGUCAGGAAAUGGAAGCUGCUCAACGAAAUUUUGAGGCUGCAUACGAGACAUUGUUCGGACAAGAAGUCUUUGAAUCAAUUGCUGGAUGGAAUCCAAGAUUCAACGAGGCUCGGCUUCUGGGCGAUGUGCUGGCUAUUCGGAUCAUACGUUGUUUACUUUGGACUAGCCAACCGACUGCGGCCGUUCGAUUUUGGCUCAGCCACAAGAAUAACACAGAGGAUAUUGUCAGUCGCAAGGGCAAGGGAACGAAGAAUUACGGAUGGGAAGCUUGGGUUGCACGGUGGUCGGCGGUGAUGGCCCAGCUCAUUUCACGAGCUGAGCUUCCGGCAUUUUCGGCAGAAUUCCUUCUGAAUCCUGCACGACUCUACGAUUCGAUUUUUCAUCCUCCUGAGAAAGGCUUCUCGAGCGAUGAAAACCUACUCGCCUGGGAGCAUCUUCACCAUCAAGGCUAUUGGCUUGACCGCUCCGCCAGACAUACUGUUCGGCGCCGUCAGCUUGCAGAGCAAAUUCCAGAGGAGCACAGAGUUACGGCAGAUCAAGUUCCCGCGUCGCAAGCCGUUGCCCAGUCGCAGUUUUAUGAUAAUUACUUGGCACCCGAGCCAGCAACAGAAGCUCCAGGCCCCGAUGAUUCUGGAUUCAACCAUAACGCCUUAUUACUACAAACGCUUAAAGCAUCGCUACAACACUUUGCCGCGCGGGAUCAGGUAAGGAAAGUUGAAAGUCUGAGUCUAGAAAUCGCACAGUUUCACAUCAAGGCAAAGCAGUGGCAAGAGGCAUAUGAUAUUCUGAAGCCACUCUGGCCCCACCUGACAUGGAGGAAAGAACACUGGUGGGAUCUAAUGAGUGAAUUCGCUUGGACAUUGAGAUCCUGUGCCCUUGAGCUACACGAUAUUGAUACGUUGGUUUGGGUUCAUUGGGAACUGUUAAGCAAAGUCCUACCUUUGCGAUCUAUUUGGGAUUACAAUUUCCAUCGAUGUCUUGAUGAGGUAUCGGUUGGCAGUCCUAAACCCACCAUAGUCCUCAAAGCCGAGGAUGUUGUAACAUGUCUGUCGGCUGCAAUGGUCUUUCAAAGGGGCGAGGGUAACGUCGGCCAAGCGCUACAGCUGCAAUUGGCAAUCACCUCUCAUGCGCAUCAACAGGCUACACCUCUCAGGCUAUCCGAAGUCAAAAUUGUCUUCGAGGGUGGUUUACGCCCCAUUACUUUACACGCAAAAGAUAUCACGGAUGAUACCAAUCCGUUAUCCCAUAUCUAUAACGUCAAACUACACGAUUUAGCCAGUUCCACUGAAUCCUCUACAUUUCUGUCGCCAACAGCCCACAUGGCGUCAAUGAUAGGGCAGGCAGAUUUGAUUUUCAAACCUGGUGAGACCAGAGUGUUCAACAUGACCGCAAUUCCCCGUGAACCAGGCGAAUCACGCAUUGCUUCGAUUACAUUAGCAAUUGAAGAGGAGAAAUUUAAUUUCUUAUAUGUAAUGACUAAUCACGAGCGAGACAUGUCGUUCUGGUGGAGGCACGGCCCUCGAGGUUCGUACAAGAAAAGAAUAGGCAAAGGUCGUGAUACCGCCAUCUGCAAGAUCCUUCCGAAGCCGCCGAACAUCCAAAUCCAACUACCAAAUCUUAAACCGCAUUACUAUACCAACGAACGCGUCAGUCUGGCCGUGGCUAUACAAAAUAAUGAAGACGAUGCUGCGGAAGUCGCCAUGCAGAUUAGGAUUCUUGGACAGCCACACUCACUGCUCAAGGUAUCAUGGUCUGACGAUGCUGAAGAGGCUACCGAGUUUGGUGGUGUCAGCGUUGAAACUACGAUUCACUUGAAGUCGCGUUCCGUCGGAAUCCUGUCUCCAGCUGCUAUUUCCGAGAUUCCUGUCAUCCUGUCCAAUACAGUAGAUGCUUUGGAAUACGAAGUUGACAUAUCGGUCCAUUAUUUCUUAGUAUCCGAUCCAGAGACACCAAUAUCGAAAUCAAUAUCAGCCACACUUGCGUUCAUGAGGCCAUUCGAAGCGAACUACGAUUUAGUGCCCCGCAUCCAUCCUGAUGCAUGGCCCAAUCUAUUCCAGCUGGAUACAGAUUCUGACGGUGAAAAAGCCGACAAGCCUGAUGGUUUGCAGCAGAGAUGGUGUGUCAGCCCAAAGAUUGUCUCGUUUGCAUCCGAGCCUCUUGUCAUUGAGAACGUCAGUGUUGGUCUCUUGGAGGUAAACGGCGGGGCGAUAUGUGAGAUUGGCUCUGAAAGACUUACAACCCCAGAGGCAACGCAAAUAUUGCCCGAAGAACUUCGAGCUUCUGAAUUCAUUCUCGAUGUGCAAAAGACUAGCCUAGAAGACCGGAGGUCCGUGGCACUAGAUCUUUCUCUCAAUAUAAAAUGGCGGAGACCGUCAUCGCCAGAUCAAGAUGAACACACUAGUACGGUGACAUCUUUAGCCAUGCCACGAUUCACGAUCCCCACGGGCGAACCCCGUGUUCUCGCAUCCGCAUCACCUUCUAAAGAGCAUCCAGGCUUAAUACAUAUGGACUACACCCUUGAAAAUCCAUCAAUGCAUACUCUGACAUUCUCUCUCACUAUGGAUGCGAGCGAGCAUUUCGCCUUCAGUGGAUCCAAGACAAGAGCCCUUCAAUUGGUUCCUCUUAGCAGGCACAAAGUUCGAUAUAACAUAUUUGCAUUCAAAUCAGGAAUGUGGAUUCAACCUCACCUUGUUGUGGUUGACACUUACUUCAACAAGACUCUACGCGUAUUGCCAACAGAGGGUAUGCGAGCAGACAAGAAGGGAAUACUGGUAUGGGUUGAUGCUUAUGUAUCUUAA